AUGGGGAAGAAGAGGGCUUUAAUCCUCUCGUUAGCAUUGGGAUUGUUUGUUUUUUGUGUUAGUGCAGCAGAACAUUACCAUGUGAAUGCUAGAACUAAACGAAUUUCUUUGGAAGUUCAUAAGAAGUUGAAGCUUUUGAAUAAGCGUGGCGUGAAGACUAUCAAGAGUGAGGAUGGAGAUAUCAUUGACUGUGUUGACAUCUACAAACAGCCUGCUUUUGAUCAUCCGGCAUUGCGCAACCACAAAAUUCAGAUGAGACCCAGUAGUCAUGUACAAAAUGAUCAUAAUUCUUCUCAGCUGGUAUCUCAAAUUUGGCAAAGGAGUGGAAGCUGUCCAGACGGAACCAUUCCCAUUCGGAGAAUUCGAAAGCAAGAUUUAUUGAGAGCUACUUCACUUGAAAACUUUGGGAAGAAAAUGCCAGUGCAUUCUUCCUACUCCCCCACAGAUGACAAAGGCACUGUGUACAUCAACAGCAACCGAGUCGAACUCGGGCCUCAAGUCAAUCGUUCAGCUGCUAUCCUGUUAACUACUGGAUACAAUUAUAUUGGUGCUCAAGGAGAUAUAAAUAUUUGGACUCCAAGAGUUGAAUCACCAGAUGAGUUCACUACUGCUCAAAUCUGGCUUAAGAAUGGACCUGGAGAGGCUUUUGAAAGUGUAGAAUCAGGCUGGGUGGUAAACCCAAAGGUAUAUGGUAAUGGAGCAACUCGACUUUUUGUAUAUUGGACUAAGGACUCAUACAAAUCAUCAGGUUGCUUGAUCUCACCUGCCAGGAUUUGUGCAAACCAACAAAGACAUAGCCCUCGGUAUGGUCCUUGGACUUGUAUCAUCUAA